UAAAAAAUCUCAUUUUUUUCUUCCAAAAAAAAAGUAUAACCGUAAACGCUCUCUGUUUUGCUAGCUACUCCAUCAUCACCGAGAAAGGCAAGAACGCAAGAGCUCCAAAUUAAGAUCCGUCUUUCACUCCAUUGAAGUUUAGGAAUGGUGGUGGAAUGUGCAUCGACAAUGGCUGAACAGAGGUCAAACGAUUCAAUGCUGGAAAUGGUCAAUCUCCUGCUCGAGGCGGCAAGGUAUGCUGACAUUGAAGAUAUAAAGAGCUUAGUAUCAUCUGGUGUAUCUCUUGAUUCAAAGGAUUCACAGGGCCGCACUGCACUUCAUAUGGCUUCAGCCAAUGGGCAUCUUGAUGUUGUAAAGUAUCUCAUUGGUAGUAAAGUGGAUGUCAAUGCAUCUAACGAGGAGAAGAACACACCUCUUCAUUGGGCUUGCCUUAAUGGUCACAUUGAGGUAGUCAAGAGCUUGAUCCUUGCUGGAGCGAGUGUGUCAGCGCUGAACAUCCAUGAGAAGACUCCAUUAGACGAGGCGUUGAUCGCAAGGAAAUUGGAAAUUGUCGAUGCAAUCAACCAAGCAGUGAUAGAGUUUGAACUUCAACGUGCAACUGUCUCUUAGUUUUACUGUAUGAGUAAGCAUUAUAGUUUAGGUUCUCUAAAAGAAUGGUCUAUGUGGUUUUGUCUUGGAAGCUUGAAUGUUUAAUCAAAUUUCGCAAUUAUCAAGUGGUAGGCUAUAAAAUGUGUUUGACGCUCAAAGGAAUUUGUUUGAUGCUCAAAGGAAUGCGAUGUCAACAAUGUGAAAUUGAA